AUGGCAAGAGGUGAUCGAAGACAGCAUGCUGUGGGUGACAACUCGGCGGCUAGGAACGCCGAGGGUAGAAAUCAGGAUCAGGUUGAUCGAAAUGCGGGCAUUUCUGGGAAUGGCGAGAAUGCGGCUGCGGCUGCUGUGGCUGGAGCUGUUCUAAACGUUGCUGCUACCCCUGUUGGAUUGGAAGCGGUGUUUGCACCACCGCUUGUCGUGCAAGUGAAUCCGCCUGCUGAAGCGGAUGAGGGAAUUGCCGGUGUAAGGGUCCCAUCUUAUCUGAAGGUGAUGGACCACUUGCAGAAGUUGGGUACGAAAUUCUUUCAGGGAGGAACUAAGCCGAUUGAGGCUGAUGAUUGGAUCGACCGUCUGGAGAGGAACUUCGAGUCAAUCCGCUGCCCGGAGCAGUACAAGAAGCUAAGUUACUUGGUAACGCUGCUGCGGCUGGGCCGAAAAAGGAUGGACCGUCUGGCAAACCACCCGCGGAUCGUAACGCUGGUUCAACCAAUAGGAAGGAAAAACGUGCGAGCUGGCAGCGCGUCUGGUGCUUGUCUUCGGUGCGGAAGCAUGGAGCACAAGGUGAAGGAUUAUCCGGAAGAGGAUAAACGCAGAAAGUACCCAGGGAACAAAUCAGAUGAGAGGGUUUGUUUCCAUUGCAGUGAGACUGGGCACAUUAACCCGAGAUGCCCAGAACUGAUGCAAGUCGCGCAGCACACUGGGAAAAGACCGAGUGAAGGAUCAGCGCCUCCGGCAAAGAGGCAGGCCAUGAUGACGCGGAUCUAUGUUGUGGCUGAGGAGACCGUGGAGGAUCCGAGUUCUUCACGUCCAAUCACUGAAAGAUGGGAUUUUCGGCUGUGUAUCGACUACCGUGGGGUGAACAGAGUUACAGUGAAGAACAAGUACCCUUUGCCGCGGAUAGAUGAGCUGUUGGACCAACUUCAAGGGGCGACUUGGUUCAGCAAGAUCAAUUUGGCUUCGGGUUAUCAUCAGAUACCCAUAGAAGAGUCGGACGUGAGAAAGACCGCCUUUAGGACAAGGAGUCGGGAAGAACAUGUGGUUCAUGUAAGGACCGUGAUGAAUCGGCUAAGGGAGCAUAAGCUGUUCGCCAAGCUCAGUAAGUGCAUCUUUUGGCAAAAGGAGAUAGGAUUCUUGGGUCAUGUGGUCUCGGACAAGGGUGUGUCUGUUGACCUGGAGAAGAUUAAGGCAAUCGCGGAUUUGCCUAGACCUGAGAAUGCCUCAGAGAUAAGAAGUUUUUUGGGCUUAGCUAGGUAUUACCAUUGGUUUGUUAAGGGAUUUGCGAGCAUGGCUCAGCCAAAAGGACGUACCAUUUUUGUGGUCGGCCGAGUGUGA